AUUACACCCCCAAAAGACAGAUAAAAUAAUAUUCACUCGAACGAAAUCGUUCUCUCUCUCUCUCCUCUCUCGUCCGGGCGAUCUCUCUGUAUUUCAUCGCCGAAGUAGGUGGCAAUGAUAAUAGAAAGCUGCAUCCAUUAAGCACCACGUGAUAUACGAUCAUCACCUUUGUUUGUGUUAAGAGUCCAGCCUGUGCCUGAUUUGUACUUGAAGGGUCUUCUGAGAAAUAGAGGACCCUUCGCACAGGAUUUCUUGGGUUAAACUUCGAGCUGUAAACUACAAGACAAGUUUGUUUGCAUAGGCGGUCAGGGUAAAGGUGGUCGGUUUGAUAAACAUGCCAGCUGUACAAAAGCUUUACAACGCCUGUAAAGCAUCACUUUCUACUAAUGGACCCAUAUCAGAAGAUGCUCUUGAGAAAGUCCGUUCCCUCUUAGGGUUAAUGGUGAAAUGUAUUAUCAGCUGAAAGGACAAAUCACUGUCUGGUUGUGCUCUGGGCAUAAAUCUGCUGACAAAAUCAAGCCUUCUGAUGUAGGUCUUGAGCAGGAGGCACAACUUGUCAAGACUUGGAAAGGUACCAUGCAUGAGCGUAAUGGGGGUUUACGACCAAUCCUGCCAAUCAAAUACCUACACUUGCAUGAAUGUGAGAGCUUCACUAUGGGAAUAUUCUGCAUGCCACCUUCUUCAAUCAUUCCUUUACAUAACCACCCUGGGAUGACCGUUUUAAGCAAGCUUAUAUAUGGUUCCUUACAUGUGAAAGCUUAUGAUUGGAUCGAUAGUCCGGGGCCUUCAGUUCCACCCGAAGGUGCAAGACCAGCUAAACUUUUUAAAGAUUGUGAGAUGACAGCUCCAUGUGGAACAACUACUCUCUAUCCGACGGCUGGAGGGAAUAUUCAUUGUUUCAAAGCUAUAUCCCCUUGUGCAAUUUUUGAUAUCCUGUCUCCACCCUACUCUUCUGAUGAUGGACGUCAUUGCACUUAUUUCCGAAGGUCUCCUCGAGGGGAUCUACCAGGUGAACUCGAGGUCGAUGGGGAGAUGUUCACAGAUGUGACUUGGUUGGAAGAGUUUCAACCUCCCGAUGACUUUGUCAUCCAUCGAGGCCAAUACAAGGGUCGUACCAUCAAACCAUAGGGGAUGGUUCAUUUUUGGUUCUAUUGAUCAACUUUUUGAAUGCAGUGAUUGAGGUGAAGUUGUUAACAAAUAUGGAAAUAAUGACAUAUGUUUUCUAGAGAAUAGGCCAUUUUCUCAUGUACAUAUUAUAUACCAUACAUUAAUUUAGAUCUCACCUUAAAAUUAGUGCUUUUAAACUUUAUAGUCGCAUUAUAUAAACUUUUUCAUUUUUCACCCUC